UGGUCUGUGCAUGCACUUACAUAACUGCAGUGCAGGGGCACCUGUAGCCGCUUUUCUACUCAGCAAUGGAAACCCUAGACUCAGCACCAUCAACUCCAGCAAGAACCACUGAUUCGGAGCAUCAAACACCAUCACCAUUACCGCCAUCGGUGCUCAGACUGUGGAGGCCUCAAGCGCAAAGAAAUUUGAGGAACCAAUGGUCACAAUUGGCGUCGCUCAAAAAUCGAUGGUUCUCUGCUUCGUCUGCAGGAAGAUCUCAUGCAACUGCUCUCGUUAAUUCUCAUCUCUCCCAAAGGUACAUGCCUGAUAUGAAAUUAGGUGUUCUGAGCGAUAUGCCUGGUAUAAGAAAGAGAGCUUGUUUGAAGCUAUUUAAGCGGCAGGAACUGCGAAGGAGCAAAUUAUUGUUGUGUUAUAAGGACAUGGUGGGUAUUGUAAGUGACAUGAUCAAUGUUAGCAGAUCGAUGAAGUGUUUCUUCAAAGGAUCAAGCAGUAGUCCUCUGUUACAGUUUUCUUAUAACUCUGCAGACCAGAGUGACUUUGGAGAUGCUGGAGAUGGUGGUGGAAUUCCAGUAUUUACAUUUUAUUCAAUCACUUCACAUGAGAAAUUUGCUGUGGAAUUGGUUCAGAUGUUUAGGCUGGAACUGUGUUUGAAGCGAUUACUUGUUCUUGAAUUUAUGUCCAUUGGUUAUGACACUUCAGAGGUAAAACAAUUGCACUGGUCAACUCAGCUUUAUGACGAUGAAUUCAAAGAUUUGACAGACUGCAAUCUGUACUGUGAAGUGACUCAUGAACCAGUUCCACCAAGUUUCAGGGAUGGGAAGUCUGACAUUGCCUCUUUAAGAUUUGACAACCAACCCAAUCCUGAGAUUUUACAGGUUUAUUUAACAACAUGGCUUGCAGAGGCAAACGUAGACACUCUCAAAGUGAAUGAGAUAUUUACAGUGGUUGGCGAGGAAAUGCAUGUUAGCAUUGUUUAAAGCUGCCGUCAACAGGAAUGAGUCUUUAACAUUGAGUGACAUUCUUUUUAGACGUUUUCAUAGUUGACCAUGCGAAAAGAGUGGUAAGAGUUGCUUAUUGCUUGCUGUUGCUGUUAAAAAUGAUAAUUUUAGAUGACUAAUUUUAGUCUCACAACACUAACAAAUUGUGGACAGACAGGAUCUUCAUAUGUGGAUGAAAUUUGUUCAAAGGAAAAAUUAGCAGAAUUGGUGUCUGCA